AUCAUACUUUUAAUUUCACUAUACUUAAAUCUCAAUAACCAAUACCGACUUUCUUUGUAGAACUAUAGUCUUUAAGACAUUGACAUUAAUGUAUUAGACCUCAUAUGUCACAUAAACAAGAUAUACGUAUGUAAAUAAUAGUAUAUAACACAAAUGAAAUUACUCUACCAUUGAUAUUUCAAGUCAAUAUUCCCCAUUUAUAAUGGAAAUUGACACUAAAUGUAUUCACGAUGUACUUAAAGCAAACCGUGAUUUAAUAAUACAAGACAUACAAGGCGAUGUAAUCGCUAUGUUGUUUGAAAAAAAUGUAUUGACCAAUGAUGAGUAUCAAGAUAUAAAAUCUGAGGAAAAUCCUAAGGAAGAAGCAAGUAAAUUACUAGAUUUAUUACCGUCUAAAGGUAAUUUUGGUAUGAAGCAAUUUAUUGAUUAUUUAUCAUCGGAAUAUUCCUGGAUUGCUAAAACAAUACAAACAACAAUAGAAAAUGAGUAUCAUGAUGUUUCUUCAAAAAAAAUACGGAAUGCUUUAACAAUUGGAGAAGUACCUCAAUUAUGUUUAAGACACAUAACUCGAACAGAAUUUGUAAACAGUUUAAAAAACCAAUUACAACUGUUGGAAGCUGGGAACUUUGUUGUUGUAUGUGGUAUGACUGGUUGUGGAAAAUCUAGUUUAGUGGUUGAAGUGUUACAGGAUCCGACUAUUACAAUGGACCUUUUUAAGGGUUGUGUACAAUGGGUAAAUGUUGGACGAGGAAAUUCAACAGACGUGGGUUGUAUACAAGCAGAAGUAUUGAAUCGGUUACAUUCAAAUCAAGAACAACUUAUAUCGCCUCCACUAAACACUGAAUAUGAAGAAACACAAAAAAUACUUACAAAAAAAUGGAAGCAAAGCUCUAUGAAAGAAGGUUUAUUAAUUUUGGAUGACGUUUCUACUUCGGAAAUUAUAAAAUACAUGAAUAUAAAUUGUAAAAUGUUGAUAACAACAAAUGAUGAUGGAGUUAUGGAUGACAUAAUUGAUUCGCGUAUAACAUAUGUUAAAAUUACCGAAGGAUUCCUCGAAAAAGAGACAUUAGAAUUAUUUUCAAAAUGUUUAGAUGUAAACAGCUUCUCUUUACCGACCCAAGCAUCAAAGCUUCAUAGCAUAUGCAAAGGGUUUCCUCUCACUAUUUCACUUAUUGGUGCACAACUUGAAGCCCACAAAGAAGACACAAAAAAAAAUCCAAACAGAUGGAAUUUUUACUUGCAGGAAUUAUCAGAUAAACAUAAAAAUAAAAUAUCAGAAACGUUUAAGUAUAAUAGAAAAAGUAUUCAACAACUUAAAAGUCUAGAAAAAGCCAUAAAAAUGUCCAUUAACGAUUUACCAGAAAACUUACGAAAAUAUUAUCAAGAUUUUGUAUUGUUUGUAUAUGAUGUAAAUAUUAAACCCGAGGUCUUAUCUGUUAUGUGGAAUUUGAAUAAAACACAAGUUGAAGAUAUCAUGCUUGAAUUUAUGCGUAAAAGUUUAGCUGUCAGAAUUUGGAAUCAACCUUUGAACAGUUACAUAUAUUCAAUACACGAUUUAUUGUUAGACAAUUUGAAGAACAUGAUUAAUGACCAGGAAAAAAAAUUAUUACAUAAUAAACUUAUAGAUCAAUACAGAGUCAAUUGUCAUGGAAAUUUUGCUGAUCUGCCUAAAAAUGAUAAUUAUAUAUUUUUAUACUUUGGUUAUCAUUUAAAAGAAGCAGGAUUAUUUCAGGAAUUUUCAAAGUGGUUUUUAGAUUUGAAGUUUUUAGAAUCUAAAACACACGCUACUGGCCCUGCAGAUUUAUUAGCAGAUUUAAGAAAAUAUAAAGAAUAUAUUUUUGCCAAAAAUGAACAAUGUAUGGACGAGGUAGAAAAUUUUAUUAAACGUAUUGGUCCCCAUAUGUACAAAACUCGGUGUGAUAUUGUCCAGUUAGGUCUCCAGGAACCUAAAUAUUCCUUUAUUUAUAAAAAGUCAUUGGAAAUUUCAAAGUCAAACGGACAAUUGUAUUUUCAUAGCAUUCUUCCACCAUCAAAUGGUUUUUUACCUAAGCCAAUCAUAUUUAUAUCACGCGAGAAAAUUCAAACUGUCAUUUUCGGAAAUAGUCAUAAUGAAAUUAUUGUUGGCAAUCGCAACGGAGAUAUUAAGGUAUGGGAUGUGAUAUCAAAUAAACUAUUAUACACUUAUUAUGGGCAUAGUAAGAGCGUUACACACUUGGCUAAGAAUAAAUUAAAAGAUAGAUUUUUAUCCACGUCAGACGAUACAAAAAUAAUAAUUUGGAAUAUAAUUAGUUCCCCUAACAAUUCAGAAAAUUUGGUAACAACCCGUACACCGUCGCCUGAGACUAGACAAGAUCAUUGGCAGAGUGCAUUUAAUCGAGAUUGUAUUAACAAGCAAUCUAACAUAACUGAUUGUGUUGUUUCCCUUGAAGGGCAUACUGGACCAGUUGUAUGUGCUCAGUUUUCAUCAAGUGGCGAAUUAGUUGUUUCUUCAUCAAUGGAUAAAACUUUAAAGAUAUGGAAAUUAGAUACUGGAAUUCUCCACAAAACAAUUAUUCAAAGUAGUGUGAUUUCAUGUUGUUGGUUUAUGGAAAGUGUCACUAAUGAUAGAAUAGUAUACUCAACAACAUUACAAAAUGGAGCUGUUUAUGGAUCUCAAUGGCCAUUUGACGAUAAUCCUGGGUUAUUAUACCCAAGUGAAAAAGUACUGUCAAUUUUUCCUCUGCCCGAAAAAGAAGGGGAUGAUAUAAUAUUAGUGAUGACGCCAAAAAAAUCUGAACUGUACAAAUUGAAUUGGAAUGAAUCUAUUCGAAUUAAGGAAAGUCCGCAUCCAAUUGGUUAUCAGGAGUACACAUCGUUUGCUAUUUCAGAGGGAAAUGUUGAUGCUACUAAAAACUCUCGUUUUAUAGCUCUUGCUUUAAAUAACGGCACUAUUCGAAUAUGCGAUUUAUUGACAGGAUAUAAUUUCAUGGAUUUAGAUGACCCUAUUCAGGGUAUAUUGAACAUGGACUGGCUGUGGUCCAACACCGAGCGCAGUAGUUGGUUGUUAUGUGCAGCCGAUAAUGGAUCGGUUAGGUUAUGGUGUUUAGAUGAUAGUACUAAGUACAUGUGCACUUGUAAGGCGAGUAGAAUUACCUUACAAGAAUAUAUGUGUACAGUAAAUUUGGGACGACAAGAAACAAAUUGUUGUAAAUUAAAUCCAAAUUUCGAUGCUAUUUGGCUCAACAAUAAUAUUAUUUUAAUAGCUGCAAUGACUAAAUGUGGAAGCUUAAAAAUAAUAUACGAAGGAUUAAGUCAGUGGGCGAUUAUCGAUAAAAAAAUAUCUGCAUUGUUUGUUAUAUGUUUAAAUCAAACAGUUGAUCAAACAAUGAUUAUUGUAGCGUGCGAUGAUUUAUCUGUACACUCCUUGAAGCAAAAUUCGGCAGAAUACUUGUUUAGUACAUCAAAUAAAGUUGACAAAAUUUAUGCUUGUUGUAAUUUUAAUGUUUUGAUUGUUGCUAUGUUGCUUAAAACAGUUGAAAGGAAAAAUGAAAUGUUAUGCCAAAAAAUUGAAAUAUGGAGAGACAAUACAAACAUACAAAACAUUUAUAUUAAACAUUUUAUUGACUGUCAUAUAUUUCCAGACACACUCAUUAUUAUCUACAAUUACAAUGAGUUAAAAAUAAUAAAUGUACAUUCAGGAACUAAAUCGAAAUUGGAAAUAAAUAAUUGUAUUAAGAUUAAUGGAAGUCUGAUGCUUGAUAAAACUAAAUUAGCUGUCGCUGACAGUGGAAGUAGUUUGAAAAUAUUCAAAAUAAUUAAUAAUGACAUUAAUAAGUCCAUGAUAGAACAGUAUAAACUGCCAUUUAACAAUAACGAGCAAACUGUCAUCAGUAUGUCACAUGACUCAAAUUUUUUAGUCGUAGGUGGUCAAAAGUGCAUUGUUUUGAUUGACAGGUUAUUGAAGACAACAAACAAGUUUUUGAGCGACUCAAACAUGAACUACGUAAGAUCAUUGAAAUGGUCGUCUGAUGAUAAAUUUUUAACGUCUAAGGAAGAUAAUCAAAUUGCUGUUUACAACGUAAAAGCUGGGGAAAAAAUUGCAAGUGUUAGUAUAGUGGCUGAUAAAUUAAUUGUGGACUCUAAUUUGGAAAAUUUUGUAACUAUUAAUACAGCUGGUCAUUUAGUAGUUUUUAAAUUAUCAAAAAACACAAAUUAUUGAAGUGUAUUUAAGCUAUCUAUUUAAGAUAGAAACACAGAUUAUAUAAUAAUUACAUAUAAUCUGUGAUAGCAAUGAGAUUGCUGUGCAUUAUGUGAUAAGAUCUUUUUUUUUAGUCUUGACUUUAAGCCCAAUUAAAAGUAAUAAUGUUACCUAAACAAGAAAUAGAAAUAAGAAUUUAUAUUUU